AAACAUUUGUGAUGGAACGAAACAAGCCGGAGAUGUUGGUUCGUAGAGAAAAAGCAAGUAAAAGUGCAUUACAAAACAAGCACCCACAUCGCACAGGCCAAAAGGGUUAUGUUAGAAAGAGACCAGAGUGGAUAAAUGAUGGGCGACUACCGCCAGAGGCAGCUUUAACCCUCUCAAGUGGCUCCUCCUCAGUGACCUCAUCACUCACCACAGCGCCAGAUAGAUUUAAGAAGUUUAGAUCAGUAGAGUGGAUCUUGGCUCAUCAAGUUAAAAACAAAGAGGGAAAGUGGGAAGUUGACCCGAAUGAUAAAGAAGCCGUAAAUAUUGCUAAGAUGGCUUUGGAGUACAUAGAAGAAGAGGGAAAAGGAAAUAUUUCAUUCACCCAGGGAGAAGAUGCCCUCACCAAGGCUAUGGGAAAAAAGGAUCACCCUGGGCGUGUCAAUGCAACAAGUGGAGUUAAUGUCGGUUACAAAGUUGCUUUCGGUCCAAUAGACCGAAGUAGUAGAUGUGGCCAUAUUGAACCAUCACCGGAGGCUAUCGAAUCAAUCAGAGCUUCGGUGAGAAGGGAGUUUGAAGAUCAAUUAGAGAGAAAGGUGGCGGAGGCCCUCCAAAACCAACUAGCCACAUUGAAAGCAACCGGUCAACUAAACACCCUCUCUACCCCCGCACUUGAUUCUGCUCUUGUAAGUGAUGAGUUUGAUGUUAACCGUGCACUCGUAACCUGUUGUCCGAGUUCAUCGCAGCAACCACGCGAGCUGAAGGCCAUAACUCCAUGUCGUCUUGCCCUUGAGGAUAAAGUUUUGGGUAACAAAGUGAUAGUGGCAGAUGGUAUGGCGUACCCAUUGGAUGGUUCGUUGCACCAACACUUUAGAUCGAUGAAGCCUAGUCAUUAUAAGGUCCAAGUUGAUUGUAUUUACGACGGACAUGAUGAUGACACUCUUCCGGUACCUACUGGAGAUGGAUUCAAUAACUUAGGCAGGGCUCUUGCUAGUUUUGUGCAAUGGCCAAUUCACUUGGUGAUUUUCGAAGAAGACGAGGAGUACUCUACUCCACGCCCAACAAAGAAGUCCAGGAGUCAGAUUUUUGAAGAGGUGGUUGGUAGCUCCAAAGAGAAGAAAAACGAAUUAAUUGUCAAAGAGAAGACAACAGAAUUAGUUGUCAAAGAUAAGACAACAGAAUUAAUUGUCAAAGAGAAGGCAACACUUGAUUUAGGGUCCAAAGAGAAGACAACACUGAAGUUAACGGCCAAGGAAAAUUCAUGCUCAAAUAAGUUGGAGUCGAAAUCGAAGUCGAAGAACUCUAAGAAAUCCAAAGAGAUGGUAGGUAGUUGUGAUCGUAAAACUGAAGAAUCAGCCGCCAAAAGUAAGAAGCAAAAUUUGGCAGACGACACAAUUCAAGGUCUUGGCCCAUCAUGCAAUUAUUUGAAGUUUAUCAUCAAUACGGCGCCCGGUGAUGUAUAUAAAAAUACUUCAAUCCCAUUGCCCGCUUCGGUUUGGCAUUAUGACGAAGAUCGACAAACUUAUGUAAAUGAGGUUGACGUUGAAGAGUUCCUUAGAGGGGCGUGCCUCAACAUUUCAGUGAUCCAAGUCUAUAUGAUGUGUUUAUUCCACGAACACACCUUUGCAUUUGACAACUCUCAGAUUGGGUUUGUUUGUCCCGAGGCAAUGUCAAGCUCUAGAAUCAAGGCCAACCCUCAGGCUACAUCAAUGUAUUUGAAAGUAGUUUUCAAUGCUGAAAUUGAAAAGGAGAAGAAGGGUGAUCCUAACAUUACCAAGUGGUUUUUGAUCCCAUACCAUCAAGAAAAUCAUUGGAUUUUGUACGUGUUAGACCUACGUAGAGGUUGUGCGUAUAUUUUCGACUCUGCGAUAGGUUCCAACCGAGAAAAUAGUGCAUGGGGAAUCUUGUGUUUGGCAUACCAAGUGUACAAGUUUAAUGAUGGGAUUUGUCCGAAUAGAGCGACUAUGCAGGGGUUGAAAGGCUUCCAUGUAAAGUGUGCUCAACAAGUCGGCGCCCGCGAGUGUGGCUAUUACGUUAUGAAGUUCAUGCAUGAAAUAGUCACGUUACACCAUAACACUGAUGAGCGGUUAGACAAUGCUUACACUCCAAGAAAUGCGCCUUAUACCGAUGAGGAAAUAGAUGUGGUUCGUGAGCAAUGGGCUAAGUUUUUUACAACCGAGUAUUUAUUUACUUAGGUUGUUUAGACACAAAGAUGGAAGCGUUUAUAUCUUCAUGGAUUUGGCUAGGGAUCGAGUCGAUUGGAAGAAAGUCAACACGACCUUACUUAAGGUUUGUA